AUGGCGAACUCAUUCAGUGCCGCCUUGAAGUCGUUUUGGCACACCAUGACAACCUAUGACCGACAUUCCUCGUUUGACUCGCCCCAACGAACCGGCCGUCACGUUCCGCUCCGUGACAGCAGAUCUGGCAUGCUCACCGGCGUCGCCACUGCCUCGGAUUCCCGCGCCGACGUCUCCAACCCCUACUUUGACGAAGGUGUCUCCACCCGCUACGAAGGCCAUGGCGGCUCUUCCACUCCCAACAGCUCUUACUCCCCCGGCCUCCGCUCCUCCGUCGCCAAACAGACCAACGCCGACGGCUUCGAGGUCCAGGGUCAGGGAGAUGUUCAGAUGCAGGCUUUUUCCGACGGACUCCCCCCGCCUCCCCCCGUUCAACAUUCGUGGCACCGCAUCGACACCUGGGCCGAGGAACACUACUUUGAGCUCUUUGACCAGCUCGGCGAGGGCUGCACCAUCAACGACCUCAACGACCUCGAACACCAGCUCGAUUGCUCCCUCCCCCAGGAUGUUCGUGACUCUCUCAUGGUCCAUGACGGUCAAGAACGCGGCGGCACACCCACCGGUAUCAUCUUUAGCGGUAUGCUCAUGGACGCCGAGGAGAUUGUUCAGGAGUGGGAAACUUGGAGACGCGUCAACGAGCAGUACUUGUUGGACGCUGCCAAUAACCGCCCUCCUCCUCGCCGCUCAAGCCAGGAUAAUGGCGAAAGCUCCUCACACCAAAGACCCCCGUCAUCUUCCUCCAAUCCCGAUGCCUGGCAAGAAAACUUGCUUCAAAAGCAGGAUUGUGUUCCCGCCAACAGUAUUCGAAAGGCCUACGCGCAUUCUGGUUGGAUCCCCCUCGUUCGCGAUUGGGGUGGUAACAACUUGGCUGUCGACCUUUGCCCAGGUCCUGCUGGCCGUUGGGGUCAGAUCAUUCUCUUUGGCCGCGACUACGACACCAAAUACGUUGUUGCCCGCUCUUGGGGCGCCUUUCUAGCUCUUGUCGCCGACGAUCUCAACUCGGGCAAGUGGUACGUCGACGAGGAUACCAACGAGCUCAAGCUGCGUGAGUUCAAGGAGACUCGCAUUGAGCCGUCGUACUUUAACAUUUUGCGAUGGCGCAUGGACCAAAAAUACGGCCGCCGGGCUGCCGGCGCCGGCAAGAGGAGGUCUAUGGCGUCUCCCAAGGCCGCAUCACCCCUAGGCAGCCGCUCCGGCUCACCCUACACCAGCCCUGUCGACGCUUCCAACGGUGACGCCCGCGGUCGCUCCAUGCAGCGCCUCAAGGGUUCGUCGCCCCUUACCAGCCCCGGACGCCGCGGAUUCGGAAAACCCCCGCCUCUUAGUAGGGUAACGGAGGAGAUGGUGAUGCCCAUCCUGGCCGACGCCGAGAUUGAACCCAGCACGCUCGUCGAAGUUGACGAAGACGCCGAUUCGCUCCGAAGCAGCCAGGACCCCAAAAGCCCCGUCAGCGCCGCCACGACGCCUUUGGCCGCCCGCCGCGAAUCCGACCUCAUCAGAGACAAGGAAAACGAGCCUCCCAAGGCCAACGGCAAGCAACCCGAAGUUGCCGAUGGCGCCAUGAAGACGAUUGAUAUUUAA